AAAGUAUUCCAUUUAUACAGAGGAACGCCACCCCCCAUAUCUACAGAAAAUCAAAAUGGCCUACAAAUGGGUACAGUCCUCGGCCUACUCUUCCAUCCCUGAGGACGCUGUGGUGGGCGGCAACGACGAGGACGGUGCAAUGAUCUACGUGGGCCGGGCCGAGCACGAAGGCGACAUGAUGGUCUGCAAAGUGGUGCCCUCCAAGCAGAUCGGAUUCGUCUCCAAUCGCGGCGAGGCGCUGCCCAAGGACAUCUUCGAGAUGCUGUGUGGUCAGAACCUGGUGUGGGUUAAAUGUUACGACCACGUCAUACCCGAGAAGGCCGUCCUCUGCGGACGCAGUUCGCUGGACCAGCCCGUCUACAUUGGCCGCGGCCACUACGAGGGCCACCUGAUCAUCGGCAAAAUAUCCUCCGUCCAUCGGGCUCUCUUUAUCGCCUUUCGCGGGGCCGAGCGCCGGCUGGAUUCGUACGAGAUCCUCGUGGAGGAGAGGAGGGUUGUGCCCGGCUGGCAGCUGCCACCGCCGCCGCCGCCGGAGGAGCUGGAGAAGUGUCCACUAACACCGCCGCCGCCCCCGUCUCCACCUACACCCGCUCCGCCUGUGGUUGAGAAGCCGUAUAAGUAUCCGCAUCUGGCCGCAAUGCCGUUCCCAAUGACCGACAGGCCACCAGCUUAUACGCCCACGCCUGAUCCUCUGCCGCCGGUGGGGGGAGUCCUUGUGAUGCCCAGUCCCGCACAUGCACCGCCACCGGGCGGUGUUUUAGUGAUGCCACCUGUCCAGCAACCCCCACCGCCGCCCCCCUCCUACACCCCCGCGGCAGUGGCUCCGGUUCCAAUUGUCGUCGCACCAUCAUACACACCAGCGGAGACGUACAAGCCACCCAUGGACUCCUACGGAGCUGCCGGCUCCUCCUACACUCCGGCCGAGUAUGCCCCUCCGGCGUAUGGAGUGUCCUCAUCCUACGGCUACGAAAGCGGCUACGACGUCUGGGUGACCGCUGGUCCGGGCUACUUCUACUCUCCGGAGGCCGUCAUCGGAGGCCACGACAGCAACAUGGAGCAGCUGCUCGUCUGCCGCGCCUACUAUGCAGGUGUCCACGUCCCGGGCAAGGCAGUUGCCAGCCAGGGAUGUGCGUACAUCGCUCACGGCGGACGCGAGAUUUUGGAGCCCACGUACCAGGUGCUGCUGGGGCAAGGAAAGUACCACUGGGUGCGCGCCUAUGAAGGCAGUAUUGCCCCCGGCGCCGUGAUGGCGGGAAGGUCACCCGGAGGCGAGCCCCUGUACGUUGGACGCGCCCACUACUGUGGCAGUCUGACGCCCGGUGUGCUCCAGCAGUCGAAUCGCUGCCUCCAGAUCCCGUUUGGCGGCCAGGAGAUCCGCAUCAGCAGCUACGAGGUCCUGGUCCGCAGUGACCUCUACCACAGCCAGCAGGCCAUGCGCCUGGUGUACUGAGCAUCGAUAUUGAUCCAAAAACGGAAACUACCGAAACGAAUCGAGAGCAGCUACCUACCUCUACGAAAGGAUCUACCCACAUUUACUUACUAUAUACUUUGUCACAUUUAUUUAUUAUCUAUUAUGUCCUUUCACUAAUUAUAUUUAUUCACCCUUUGAGUUAA